CCAGGGCGCGGAUGGGAGGGAGCUGUGUCCCCGGAUUCCGGGCCCGGCUCCUCCGGGUGACGCAAGGCCCCGCCCCGCCCCGCCCCCGCCCCGCCCCCGCCCCUCCAGGAGCACCCCCUAAGCUCCUUUCCCGUCAGUCCGUCGGGUCUGUCAGUGGGUCAGGUCGGACCUUCCGCGCCCUCCAGCCAUGACCGCCGCCCUCCGCAUGCAGAACACCGGCUCCCGGCGCGUGUUCGUGGUGGGCGUGGGCAUGACCAAGUUUCAGAAGCCAGGGCUUCAGGAUUCACUGGACUACCCCGACCUGGCAAAAGAAGCAGGCCUCAAGGCUCUGACUGAUGCCCGGGUCUCUUAUUCGGAUGUGGAGCAGGCGUGUGUCGGCUACGUGUACGGUGAAUCGACGUCCGGCCAGAGGGCCAUCUACCACAGCUUGGGACUGACCGGGAUCCCGAUCUUCAACGUGAAUAACAAUUGUUCCACCGGCUCCACGGCCUUGUACAUGGCCAGGCAGCUGAUCCAGGGCGGUCUGGCAAACUGCGUCCUGGCGCUGGGGUUUGAGAAGAUGGAGAAGGGCUCCCUCGCAUUCAAAUUUGUGGACCGGGCCAAUCCAAUGGACAAACACGUGGAGGUGAUGGUGGACAAGUACGGCCUGUCCUCAGCUCCAGUCGCAGCUCAGCUCUUCGGAUGCGCUGGCAAAGAACACAUGGAGAAAUACGGUACAAAAAUUGAACAUUUUGCAAAAAUUGCUUGGAAGAAUCACAGCCAUUCAGUCAACAAUCCGUAUUCCCAGUUCCAGGAAAAGUACAACUUAGAGGAAGUGAUGAAUUCUCGGAAAGUCUUUGAUUAUCUGACCAUCUUGCAGUGUUGCCCCACUUCUGAUGGGGCGGCCGCGGCAAUUCUGGCCAGCGAGUCGUUUGUAAUCCAGCACAACCUGCAGUCCCAAGCCGUGGAGAUCGUGGCCCAGGAGAUGGUGACGGACCGCUUGAGCACCUUCCAAGAGGACAGCAUGAUCAAGGUGGUGGGCUUUGACCUGAGUAAAGAGGCAGCCAGACGGUGCUAUGAGAAGUCCGGCCUGAAGCCCAAGGACGUCAACGUGAUUGAGCUCCACGACUGCUUCUCGGCCAACGAGCUCAUCACCUACGAGGCCCUGGGCCUGUGUGCGGAAGGAAAGGCAGGAGAGCUGAUUGAUAGAGGAGACAACACCUACGGAGGGAAGUGGGUGAUAAACCCCAGCGGGGGACUGAUUUCCAAGGGCCACCCCCUUGGGGCCACAGUGUUGGACCUCCUCCUGGCUUCUGCACCCUUACGAGUCUCCUCCUGCCUCUCUGGCCUCUCCUUCCCUGAGCACUGGGUGCUUCCUACCUCCGCCGCCUGGUUCUGGCCUCCCUCCUUUUCUUUGCCUUGGCCUGCAUCUGCUCCUGACUUCACUCAGGGUCUCUAUGCAGUGGGCUCUGGGCUCAGACUGCCUGGGGCUCCGCCCUCUCUGCUGAGCGGCCCCCGGAUCCUCUGCUUGUCCCUCAGACUCCGGGUAAUGGUGUCACUUGUCCCCCAGCACCCCCUGGGAGCUCAUCCCUGCCCCACACCUGGACUCUUGUGAUCCCCUUUCCUUCGUACUGUGUUUGAUGACUGUGCCGGGCAGGGCUGAUACAAAGAAGGAAGGAGAAGAGCACCUUCUGCCCUCGGUGAGAGGCUCUAGGGCAGACCGGCUUACUUCUCCUACGCCCAGUACCUAGGAGAGGGUGCAGGCGAGACCAAGGGGGGGGGUGAUCACUUGGUGCCACGGGCAGGGAUGUUUCCUCCCGGAAGUAGCCUGUCAGGUGGGCCAUGAGAUUAGGCCCUGGGCCCUCACUGAAUUCCCAUUCCUGGCUGUUUUCAUCGAGAGAUAAGAAAGAGAAUUCCCACUAUUCCUUGGUGAGACCAUUCCAGUGCUUGAGGCUUUGGGCAAUGUCAAGUGAAGGGGAAACCACCAAAACCGAGUCAGGUCAUCUGACAGGGCUGACCGUUAGUGAGAGGAAAUGUUUACUUGCCAUCGAUUUUCAAGAUGAUCUGGGUGUGGCCUGUGGCUGGAGUGCUCCUGGGAAAUGUUCGGGGCUGAUGAUCUCUGAGUUGUUCCAUUGGCUGCUUGAAAAGCAAAUGACAGUGGGUUCUGAGAGCUUCCAAGCAUACUGCAGGAAGACAGGGUGGUGUAGGGGUGGGGAGCAGGGGGUGGGACCACCUGGACCUGAAUAGGCUCAGUGUAGGCAUGAGAUCAUACCAGCUCGGUAGGAGCUAAAUAUUUCCAUAGAAUUACUUUUGAAUGCAGUGCAUGGAUCCAUGAGAUGUUCCUAGUUGCUUUAAUACUAUCCAAUUUGGGCACCUGGGUUUAAAUUCUUAAAUUACAUAUUUUCUGCUUAAUUGCCAGUUUAAAACAUUAAAAAAAUAACGUUUGUGGAAUUAAAUUUGCCAGUUUUACUUCUUCAGCUAAGAAAGAGUUGAUAAAACAUCUAUUAAAUACUUUCUAUUUGCCAUAGAAAGGACAGAAACAAUCUUUGCUCCAGGGAUCUCACAAUAGAAUGGAGACCAUCUGUAGGUAUCUUGAUACCUAUAAGAUGUGACUAAAUAGACGGAAGGCCAUCUGAGGAGAAAGGGACCAAGAAUCAGGGAGAGGGACUAGGAAAACACAAAUAUACUUUUCUUUUAAUGAGAAUUUUCUUCAAUUUUGACCCAGGAAACAGAACUCACAAGAAAAUCUGUGUAAUCUGUGUAAAUAUUUAAAUGUCCAACACAAAUUCUGCCCACAGUUCUUUGCAGAUAUUAAUAGAGUGGUUUUGGAAGUGCACCGACGUUGGAGUCUUUUCAAGGCUGCUUAAAACCUUAUUGUUUUCCAGUCCUUUCGAACAGUAAAGUGUUGUGAUCUCUGAAUGUGGACUGGGAUGGUGGUUUUUGCCCCAGCUAGCUUAGUUUGUGGCUUGUACUCUUUUGUUAACACCAUUAAACUCGUUCUAUUUUCUUGGAUCAUAAUUCUGAAUUAUCCGAGGCCAGAAUCACUUUUAACCAUUUAUGUUGCUGUUCUGUUCAAUUCAACAAACAUUUAUUAAGCACAGAGCAAGAAGCAGCGUGGGUAUUAUGGACAUGGGGCUGGCCCCUUGAAAUUAGGCUGGGUGGGUUUAAGGCUUGCCAUUGAUCCACACUGAGUCUGUGUCACUUAACCCGGCAGCUUGCUACAAGUACUUGUAGCUUUCCACGACAGGAAUUAACAUCAGAGAUAAAUGGCUGAGGCGCUCUCCAUUAAGAUGGGCCCUUGCCUGCAGUGUAAUGGGGGAGGCAGAUGGCCCUGGGGGUGGAGGGAAGAGAAGGUCUCUCAGCCCAGCUGAGCUGGAAGGAAGAUGUAGAGACAACAAAAGUCGGUGACAUAGCCAAGCCACGGAGGCAAGAGGGGGCAAGAUAGUGGAGUCCAGUUCCUUUUGACUUGGGAGGGAAAGGCCAGACAAAGAUGGCAGAGGACAUUAAGGUGAGGCUGGAUCUCUUCUAGCAGCCAGUGGAGAGAUCCCCCUUCCCCAGUAUUUCUGCCAGGAAACUAAACGUGGUCACAAAGCUCUAAAGUCACUGAAAACAAAAUAUAUUUUCAUAUUUACAUAAAUACCUGUAAAUGUUUGUGCUACUGGAUUGCAAUGGAAGCUCCUGGAGGGCAGAGAUUGCUUCGGUUUGGUUUGGGUCCCGAAUGCGCAGAGAGAGGGCUCAGUCCGUGCUUGUUUGACUUGUAUAGCAAGGGGUAGAGGAGAGGCAAUAAUUGUGUCUGGAACAGAGGGCCCUUUAUUUUUCUUUGUUUUUAGGGCUACACUUAGAGAUAAAUGAUGAUAAGGCUGGGGGGGAGAAUUCAUUUUGGAGACACUAAAAAGAGUGAUUUGAUUUCAAAAUCUUUUUGAUCGAGACCUUCAUUAUGUAAGCAUUUUGGAUUAUGCAACUGUUGGUUAAUUUUUCUAAGGAGUUUCAUAAAAUAGAAAAACGGGUUGCCUUGUACACCGAGAGCUCCUGGCCACUCCCGCACUCCUUGCCUGUUUCCUCGUAGAAUAAGUGUACUGCCAAAGAAAUUGAGCAAGACAGAGAUUAGAGACCAAUUCAAUAAUUUAUUAAAUGGAGAGAAAUACUGGGACCAAUGGAUCCCAAGGCUAGAUGAGACUAUCAUCUCAGAGUCUAGCCUUGAGAGUAUCGGGACAACAAGCCUUUUAUGGAAUAACAACAAUGGAGGGACCUAG